CUUGAAUUGGGAUCAUCCUCAUCAACUUGGCCCAGUUAGCAUCAUCCCUGCUACCUGGGCAAAUCUUAUAUUUAGCUGGGGGGAGAGCAGCUGUCCCUAUUCAUCCCAACAUAGCGUUUCUUCCUCCAACGGCUGUCGCUGAUGUCUUCCUCAUGUUUCUUUCUAAAUGCCCUGUCAGAGGAAAGGAGGCGCUUCCUGUUAUUCUGAUUCAAAUCUCAAGCCGGACAGGAGGGAACAGACAGCUGUUCAGGAUGGCAGAGUGUACAAAGAUGGACAGCCAACGUCUGCCCUUGCAGCUGCUUCUGCUGGUCCUUACAGUGGCUCCUGGGCUUGAUGCUCAUCCUGGGACCACAGUGACUCCCCGUGACGCUAACGUCUCUUCAGAAGCAACCGUAAAUGCAACGGUUCUGAACCAGACAGUGGAGACACUAGAAAACACAGAGAAAAUCGUCCUUACCAUUGAUCAAAACUAUAGUAAGUCGGCAGAAAAAUGCUGGAAUUCAUUUGUUUACCAGAUGGCCAAUAUCAGCGAAGCCAACUGGUGUGAAUGGAGGGCUAUCCAAAGGCCUUAUGGUGGACUGCGACUCUGUCUGGAACACUGGGCAGAUAAGAUGAAAUAUAGCUACCCCAAUGCCUUCGCUGAGAACUACACUGUCUCCAGCCAUCACAUUUACUUCCACAACUGCAUCGAGUUCUUGGAUCCCCCUGAAAGUAUUUUAUUGCCCCUCAUCAUAACCCCCAUCUGUCUCAUCCCUUUCUUGGUCACCCUUGUUGUGCUGAAGAGCAAAGAUGGCAAGAUGCAGUCGUGAGUCCUGGCUUUUGUUUACCCAUGUUGUAGGACUUGCAUCGCUAAGUUGCAAAAAUAUUACAGUCACCAUCUCUGGAGGGGGCUGGACCUCUCUAACUCACAACACACAGAGGCCACAACCUGGGAUGAGUCACUAUGCUGGAGGUUUGUCUUUGAAUGCUAACUGGCACCAACCUGAACCUCUCUCAUGGUUCAGGCACCAACCUGAACCUCUCUCACAGAAGCAAAUGCAAGCACAUUUACCAUAUGUAGUUUGGAAACUUCAAUUACUGCAAAAAUGUGGCAGCUAGAUUGGUCUCUGGGGUAUCCCAGAGAGGACACAUUAUGCCUGUUCUCAAAGUGUUGCACUGGUUGCCGAUAUGUUUCUGGGCAAAGUACAAAGUGCUGGUUAUUACCUUUAAAGCCUUGAAUGGCUUAGGUCCGGGUUACCUGAAGGAACACUUUUCUCUGCAAGAUCUCAUCAGGUGGGGUCCAUCUUUGGGUGCCGCUGGUUCAUCUGGUGGCGACCUGGGAUAAGGCCUUCUCUGUUGUCACCCCUAGGUUGUGGGAUGCACUCUCUGUGGAUAUAAGAGGAUUAUCUUCCUUGGAGGCCUUCAGUAGAGCCUUAAAGACCCACCUUUUUAGCCUGGCUUUUAGUGGUAUCUAGUUUUAAUGUUAUCUAGUUUUAAUUGUAAUUUUAAUCUGCUUUUAAUUGGUUUUUAAUUUUAAUUGUUAUGUUUUUUUUUUAAUGUAAACCACCCUGAGCCACUUUUGGAAGGGCAGUAUAUAAAUCAAAUCAAAUCAAUAAAUCUAUGCAACAGAUUUAA